AUGUGCCCUUGGAGGUUCAAGGGGUUUCCGGCAGAUUUGAUGGAACUGCCGUUUAGGGAGUUUGAUAUUAUUUUGGGCAUAGAUUGGUUAGUGAAGCAUCGUGCGAAGUUGGAUUGUGCUGCUAAGCAGAUGAUGUUAAGGAAUUUGGAUGAUGAAGAGGUGGUGGUGAUAAGUGAGCGAAGGGAUUAUCUGUCUAACGUAAUUUCAGCGUUAAGAGUUGAGAAGCUGAUUCACAAGGGUUGCGUGGCAUUCUUAGCUUAUGUUGGCACUGCUGAGUCUAAAGGUUUUUCUGUUGGAGAAGUUAGAACUGUGAAGGAAUUUUUGAAUGUAUUUCCUGAAGAGCUUCUUGGGUUGCCACCCGAUCGUGAAGUCGAAUUUGAUGAUCUGUUUGAUCAAUUGCGAGGAGCUGCAGUGUUCUCCAAAAUAGAUCUGCGGUCUGGUUACCAUCAGCUAAAGGUUAAGGAAGUGGAUGUGUAUAAGACAGCUUUCAGGGCUCGUUAUGGGCACGUGGUGUCUGCUGAGGGGAUUGGGGUUGAUCCUAAAAAAAUUGAAGCCGUAUUGGAUUGGAAACCACCUAAGACUGUAUCUGAGAUUCGAAGCUUUUUGGGUUUGGCUAGUUAUUAUAGACAGUUUGUGGAAGGGUUUUCACUGAUUGCCUCACCCCUAACCUAUUGCGGAAAGGAGUGUCAUUUGUUUGGACUGCAACAAGAAAGUUUUGAGAAGCUGAAGAAAGUGCUAACUGAAGCCUCUGUGUUGAUACAGCCAGAGGCUAGGAAGGAAUUUACCAUUUACAAUGAUGCAUCUCACGUGGGGUUGGGGCGUGUGUUAAUGCAAGACGGUAGGGUGGUUGCUUAUGCAUCCUCUAAUGUGGUAGCUGAUGCAUUGAGCCAGAGAGUGGUGUCUAAUUUGAGAGCAAUGUUUGCUCAUCUCAGCCUGUACGAUGAUGGUAGUUUAUUAGCUGAACUACAAGUGAGACCAACUUGGAUGGAUCUAAUUAAGGGGAAACAGUUGUCAGAUGAGUCGUUGGUUCCUCAUUUUAGAGAAGUGGAGAAUGGUGAGACUGUGGAUUUUGGGUUGAACGAUGAAGGGUUAACUAAGUCCGCUCAUUUUAUACCGGUUCGCACUGACUACUCGUUGCAGAGGUUAGCUAAGAUAUACGUGGCUGAAGUUGUAAGACUGCAUGGGGUGCCAGUUUUUAUCAUAUUUGAUAGAGACCCUAGGUUGACCUCCCAGUUCUGGAAGAAGCUACACGAGGCUUUGGGUACAAGACGGGAUUUUAGUACAGCGUUUCACCCUCAGACGGAUGGACAGUCUAAAAGAGUGAUUCAGAUAUUGGAAGACAUGUUGAGAGGGUGUGUAAUUGAUUUCAGAGGCAGCUGGGAAGAUUAUUUACCAUUGGCAGAAUUUGUGUAUAAUAACAGUUACCAGUCUAGUAUUCGAAUGGCAUUGUAUGAGGCGUUGUACCGUCAUAGGUGUCGUACUCCUACUUGUUGGACUGAAUUAGGUGAGCGACAGAUUUUGGGGCCAGAAUUAAUUUCUGAUACUGAGGACAAGGUAAAACUGAUUCGAGACUGA